AUGAACGCCAUUCUAGGCUCUCUCCUCUUUCUUGGCUCCGCGCUCGCCGCUCCUGCCUCCGUCGAGCUCACCGCCGAAGAGCUCUCCUGCAGAAACGCAUCCCGCUCCAUCCUGAGCUGGAACAUCAUCGACUUCGACUUCCACUCCUCCUACACCUUCUCGACGCCGUCCCACCAGAUCGCCGGCGGCUACGUCAACUUCACCCUGGAGAACGCCGCCCUCGAGUACAGGCCCGUCUGCGCCGCGUCCUCCAGCCAGCUCCAGGACUUCUUCUACGGCAACGUCGUCUACGACUGCCAGCUGCCCCCCAGCGCCCCGCGCGACGCGGCCUCCUUCAGCUUCAACCGCGCCACGGGGGAAGUGCUCGUCAACCAGACGUGGGUCUGCGGGGACGGCGGCGGCAAGUUCACGGCGAGGGGUGGGACUGCCUUCAAUCUGACCUGCUCCGAUGAGACCUGGCAGAACCCGGACUGGAAGGAUGGCGAGCUGUACUCUACGCGGAAUGUGUCGUGUGCCAAGGUGAAUGGGACGGCGUCGAUUAACCAGAUAUCCGGCUCGACGAGAGUGUUGUCGUAG